AUGGCGGCGGCCAGAGGCCUCCCCGGCUCCCGGAAGCAGGCUGUGAGGGGCGGGCGCGCUGGUGGAACCCGAGCCGGAGCCAGAGCAGGAGGUAGAGCGGGAAGGGCGGCCGGGCGGCCUGGAGCCGGACGUGUCCGGAGCGUCCCCGCAGACCGGGGCAGCAGGUCGUCCGGGGGCCGGCCAUGCUGGUGACUGCUUACCUUGCUUUUGUGGUCCUCCUGGCCUCCUGCCUGGGGUUGGAACUGUCAAGAUGCCGGGCUAAGCCCUCUGGAAGGGCCUGCAGCAAUCCCUCAUUCCUUCGGUUUCAACUGGACUUCUAUCAGGUCUACUUCCUGGCCCUGGCAGCUGACUGGCUGCAGGCCCCCUACCUCUACAAACUGUAUCAGCAUUACCACUUCCUGGAGGCACAAAUUGCCAUCCUCUACGUCUGCGGCCUUGCCUCCACCGUCCUCUUUGGACUGGUGGCUUCCUCCCUGGUGGAUUGGCUGGGUCGCAAGAAAUCUUGUGUCCUCUUCUCCCUCACUUACUCACUCUGCUGCUUAACCAAACUCUCCCGGGACUACUUUGUGCUGCUGGUGGGCCGAGCGCUAGGUGGGCUAUCUACAGCCCUGCUCUUCUCAGCCUUUGAGGCCUGGUAUAUCCAUGAGCACCUGGAACGGCAUGACUUCCCCGCCGAAUGGAUCCCGGCUACCUUUGCCCGAGCUGCCUUCUGGAACCAUGUGCUGGCUGUAGCGGCAGGUGUCGCAGCUGAGGCCGUGGCCUGCUGGAUGGGCCUGGGGCCUGUAGCCCCCUUUGUGGCCGCCAUCCCUCUCUUGGCUCUGGCUGGGGCCUUGGCCCUUCACAACUGGGGAGAGAACUAUGAUCGGCAGCGUGCCUUCUCUAGGACCUGUGCUGGUGGCCUGCGAUGCCUCCUGUCGGACCGUCGUGUGCUCCUACUGGGCACCAUCCAGGCCCUGUUUGAGAGUGUCAUCUUCAUCUUUGUCUUCCUCUGGACGCCUGUGCUGGACCCACAUGGGGCUCCACUGGGCAUCAUCUUCUCCAGCUUCAUGGCAGCCAGCCUACUCGGCUCUUCCCUGUACCGCAUUGCUACCUCCAAGAGGUACCACCUUCAGCCCAUGCAUCUACUCUCCCUCGCUGUCCUCAUCGUCGUCUUCUCCCUCUUCAUGUUGACGUUCUCUACCAGCCCAGGCCAGGAGAGUCCAGUGGAAUCUUUCAUAGCCUUCCUCCUUAUCGAGCUGGCCUGUGGACUGUACUUUCCCAGCAUGAGCUUCCUGCGGAGAAAAGUGAUCCCUGAGACCGAGCAAGCUGGUGUCCUCAACUGGUUCCGGGUGCCCCUGCACUUACUGGCCUGCCUGGGGCUCCUGGUCCUCCAUGACAGCGAUCGCAAAACGGGUACUCGGAAUAUGUUCAGCAUCUGCUCCGCCGUCAUGGUGAUGGCUCUGCUGGCAGUGGUGGGACUCUUCACUGUGGUCAGGCACGAUGCUGAGCUGCGGGUGCCCUCGCCCACCGGGGAGCCCUACACUCCUGAGCUCUGACCCUGUUCUAGGACCAGGGAGCUGGGAUGGACCCUUGAACCCCACCUCUCCAGGGCUGAACAGAUCUCUCUGUGACCCCUCAGCCUGUUCGGGGGCUCCUCCUGUCAGUGCUUUGGGUUGGGAAGCACAUGGGGUGAUGGCCUGGAAAGAAGAUGCCAAAAGUUGCCUCUGUGUCACUCCCAUCCCCCUUUCCACUUUAAAAUAAACAAUUUUAAUUGAUCAUUGAUCUCAUUUACUCAUCCUCACCUGUACCCACCUCAGUAGUUCUUAUGAGGGGGCAGCUGGAGGUUGUGAGGAGAGAGGUGGGGUUACCAGUGGAACGUUUGUCUUUCUAGCUUCGCUAAGACUUGUUUAGUCGCUAAGUUGUGUCUGACUCUUUGUGACCCCCAUGGACUGUAGCCUGCCAGGCUCCUUUGUCCAUGGGAUUUCCCAGGCAAGAAUACUGAAGUGGGUUGCCAUCGCCCUUUCCAUGCGAUCUUCCUGACCCAGCGAUUGAACCCACGUCUCCUGCAUUGGCAAGCGGAUUCUUUACCACUGAGCCACCAGGGAAGCCCUCUCUAAGACUGCCUCCACCUUAAACUGAGAACUGUGGAAUUGCCUUUCAACAGAAAUGGGUGGGAAAAGCCUGAGGCUCUGAGGUCCUCCAUAUCUUGUUACCCUGGAGACAGGCACCCUCCCCAUUUGCCAAGCAAAAACCUUACUCCACAUCCUGAGUGAGACAAUCUCUGGAGCCUAUGGAGUAGAUGUCCAAGCCACUGAGCAAAGAUUCCAGGGGCUCGAGCUGCUUCUGUGACCACCCCUUGCGGCAAAUCCAGAGGCUUGCUGCAUGAAUAGGCUUGCAGCUCAGCACACGCGUGCUGCUUGCCUUCUGCCUCUCUGGCCAAAAAUGCACCCCUUGUCCACAUCACCUGGGUCCAUCAGGGCCUGUAUGCUUGCAUGAAACCCAAGUGAAGAGCUGAAGAGGAGAGAGCAGUGAUUGGCUGACAGACCGUGAUCUUGUCUGUACCUGAUUGUUCCCCACCCUGAGUGAGUGAGGGUGAGGGAGGCAUCAGGGCAGGAAACAGUACCAGUACCAGGAACUCAAGUUCUGUGAGCCCCUCCCUGCCUCACCUCUGAUUGUAUCUGCCUUUCCUCUUCGCACCCAAACCAGGGCUUCUCAGAGGAAGGAGAGCCAGCAGUUAAGCAGGGUGGGGAAUGGAAGGAGGGUCAGCUCAGGGUGUGUCCUGGAAUGUGCUUGAGGUGGGCAUGAGGGACCUACCUGUCCUAGAAAAGAGGUUGAUGACCUUUCCUUGGGUCCCAGACGAAUUCCCAGACAGGAAGAAGCAAAACUUUCCAGGACCUGCAAGUCCAAACCUGUGUGGGGAGAUAGCAUCACCCACUGGGGGAGGAAUGCUGAUGGAUGGGUGCCUGCAGGGUGAGGCCAAGGGGAGGGAAGAGUAGUGGUCUCAGGUCUCUGCUCAGAAAAGGAAAAAAACACAUUCCCCCACCCAGCUGCAGGGAAUAGACGCUGAGGUUAAGUAUGAAAAAAGCAGAUAUCUUUUCCUUCCCCCAUCUUAAGGCUAAAACAGAGUCUGUUGCAAUAACUCUACUUCCCCUUUCUGCCUGUAUUUUAUAGUUAUUUGUAGACUCUCUGUCCUUGAGGACAGGAAGAAAUUGUGUCUUCUAUGCCCUUGUCUCCCCAUAUAUACACACAAGUGGGUGCUUGGCCCAUGGCUGUGCUCAGUAAAUGGAGAGGAGACAAGCUAACUAACUCCGGGCUUUUCAAGAGUAGCCCAUUUGGGAACUCUAUUAGACUGGAAUCCAGAGACUAGUUAAUGAUUUGUUGUUUUGAAUGAGAUUAUUUACUGAUGGAAGCAUGAGGGGGGCAGCAUGCUCCUAAGUGAAAAGGAAGUAGGGAGGAGAGGUAGAGGAGACAGACUAGUGAAGUUCCUUCAGCUUUGUCCCUGCCGAGUUCUCUUCAAAGGAGCUGGUAGAUGAUAGAGUGGGGAGGGCUCUUCCUGGCAGACUCAUUGGGUGUGACAAGCUGGCAGGUAUCUUUAAGGUUGUCCAUUUAGCUGUAAACAUUUUAUUGAGUAACUACUAUAUACCACACAUUGUAUUACUAGGUGCUGGUGAAAGUUUUUUUAUCCGAGAGGAAAAUCCACUUAAAGGGCAUACAGCAAAGCCAAGGCUAAACCUUGCCUCCUGCUGCCCACCCAGUGUCCCUUCUAUGGCAUGUACUGACCCUCUCCCUGGGCCUUCACCUACUUGACUUUCCCCCUCUAGCCCUGCUCUUUUCUCCCAAGCCCUGUCCCUGGAGAAGGGCAUGAGAGUGGGAGCACUUAGCCAUGGCUACCUGGCCCACCUCUGGAUAUUUGCCCAUAUGAGGUGAAUGAGGGAUUGCUUCACCAGGUGCACGGUGCCUGCAAAGCAGUCCUCAUGAUGCCUUGCUGAGAGGCAGUGCAGGGAACUGGGGAAGAGCAUGGAGCCCGAGCCCAACUGCCUGGGUUUACAUUUGUGCCUCAGUUUCCUCAUCUAUAAAAUGGGGGUGAUGGUAUAGUAGCUACCCUGAGGGUGCUUGUGAGGGUUAAAUUAGGCGCUUGGAACAGCAGUUGGCCUCCAGUGUAAGUACUACUAAGUGUUUGCUUUCAUAUUUUAUUUUUUAACUUUUUCAGUCCAGCUGAGCCUACCCAGAUUUGGGUGUGAGAAUGAGUGGACUGGGUUGUAACGGGGUGAACAACUUUCCAACACAUCCCUGUGGUUGGGUGAUUCCCAGCAGUGUUUAUGCUUGGUCCUGGCCCAGAGAGCAGGAUCAGGCUAUCUGAGAGGCCUUCUGCUUUGGGGUGUGCAAGUAGCUGAGGAGGGUGUCAGUGUGCUCCACUUGAACUCAUUUCCUCUUCCUCAAGUGGGAAGGUCAGCUUGGUGUCAGAUUUGAUAUACACCACCAUUUUUCCCUAAGAGAGUCCUGAUUUUCUGCCUUUCCAUCCAGCUGGUAUAUAAUUAUUUUAUUUGGAGCUUUUAAGUGAUCCUGAGGAGAAAAGAAACAGUCCAAGGAAGCAGGAGCCAAUGAGCAAGAAGGCAGGAGGCCUGGGGCAUGAAGAUAGUACUGAGUUCUGAGGCUGGAGAGUGACCUCUUCCUGGGAAUACAGCCCCUGCUCAGGGAGGGGAGAGGGCUGCUCCCAGCUGGUGGCCAUGAUCCUUCCACUGCGUCUGGGUUCCACUUCCCAAUACACUCUUCCCCUAACCCCAAUCCUGUGGUUCUCCCUGUCCGUUUAUUAUUUUUUGCCACCACUUCCCCCACAGAACCACAGAAUAGAAUUAUAAGACAAGUGAAAGUUUGUCAUGCUUGGGAUCAGACCUAAUGUUAUCAAAAUAUGUCACAUUCACUUUAAUGAUUUUUUUAACAAUAAGUAUGGGCUAACUGUAAAAGAGUCAAAGGCAAAUAGAGAUGUAUUAAUGUAAAUAUGUGAAUGUAAAUACAUGUCCAUGUGUUAAAAUACAUAUAUUGAUAUAUAAAUAUAUUACAA